CUUUUCGCUUCCUCUUUCUAGCCGGCGCCUGAGAUGGGUAUCUCAAGGGAUAACUGGCAUAAACGCCGCAAGACCGGUGGCAAACGCAAGCCCUACCACAAGAAGAGGAAGUAUGAGCUCGGUCGUCCUCCUGCAAACACAAAGAUUGGACCUCGUCGUAUCCACACGGUGAGGGUUCGUGGUGGGAACAAGAAGUACCGUGCUCUGAGGUUGGAUGUUGGAAACUUCUCAUGGGGCUCUGAGUGCUGCACACGCAAGACCAGGAUCAUCGAUGUGGUCUACAAUGCCUCCAACAACGAGCUGGUCAGAACCAAGACCCUGGUGAAGAACUGCAUCCUCCUUAUCGACAGCCUUCCCUUCAGGCAGUGGUAUGAGGCUCACUACGCCACUCCUCUGGGACGCAAGAAGGGAGCCAAGCUGAGUCCUGAGGAGGAAGAGGUCCUGAACAAGAAGAGGUCAAAGAAGACCCAGAAGAAGUAUGACGAGCGUAAAAAGACUGCCAAGAUCAGCACUCUCCUGGAGGAGCAGUUCCAGCAGGGAAAGCUUCUUGCGUGCAUCGCCUCCAGACCUGGCCAGUGCGGCAGGGCAGACGGCUACAUCCUGGAGGGCAAAGAGCUCGAGUUCUACCUGAGGAAGAUCAAGGCCAAGAAAGGCAAAUAGAUGUACAGCUGUUUGAUACUUCAAUAAAAUCCAAAUGCCCCAUA